CGGGAGAGUUCCAGCAUAGCAGCUGCAAUAUAAAAAGGACUGCUGUUCAGGAUGUCCAAACGAAGUGAAGAUUCAAUCUGAGGAAGCUGAAGAAAGAGAACAAAACCAACUGUUUUAUCGGGGACCGUUCUUGGUAGUAUCAAGAUGUCCCAGUAUGCAGCUUUGAAAAUCCUGUUUGGGGAAGAUGACUUUUCUUUCUGCCAGGAACAGCUGCUGUGGCCUCUUUCUUUUCUGCAGCAGGACUUCCUCAGCAGGAGAACCAAGUUGGCUGACAGUCUCCACAACAUACCCCAAUUGCUUACACGUAGCCAGCUUCCAGUCCUUUCAUCUACAUUACCAAGGUUGAGCAAUGGUAGAAAUCAGAAGAAGGAGACUUCCAGCACAGAGUGGCAUGAGGACACACAGCAAGCCAGCGACACAAACAGUGAUUUAUUGGUAACAUUAGAUGCUCGUGGUUACGCUCCAAGUGAUAUCACUGUCAGACUGGAAGGGAGGAGCCUGGCAAUAGUAGCCAUGAAGCAGGAAGAGGAAAGCCAUUCCUGCUCCUCUUCAUCCUCUUCUGCCUCCUCCUCUUCAGCUUCAUCUCAAAUGGGUUUUGUGCAAAAGAUAGACCUGCCCAUUUACUUGGAUCUGUCUGGCCUCUCCUGUUCUCUGAUGCAUGAUGGGCAGCUUCAGAUCUAUGCUCCUGUUUCCAAGCAGCCAAUCAACAAAGAGAGUCACAUGCCCCAACGGUACAGGACAUCACUGGAAUUUCCCAUCAGAAAGGACAAUUAAGAAAAUAAAAGCUAAUGCAUGUGUCACACACUGUCUUAUGUUGUCUUAUAUUGCCACAUGCACUCAUAUUGAUGAAACAGACAAAUAAUUAAACAGCUUUAUAAAAGAGAAAAGUUUACAAUUGUUACAUGAAGACACUAUUUUGAACUUGUUUUGUAUAA